GUUCUGAAAAACGAAUUUGCUUAUAUAUCAUCGAGAAUUUUGUUAGAAAAUUUCUUAACAAUAACUUCACCUCCGAUUCUUCUCAGAGUGCUGCUCGAAGGAAAAAUUGUUUGUGUUUUAAAUUACCGUACAUCGGUCCUUUUUUCCGUCGAAACGCAACCCAAAAUUAAGAAAUUAGUUAGCACACCCAGUUUAACAUUAAGAGUUGGUUUGGGGUCAAGGAUCCUAUCCCUGCGGGUUUACGAUCGCGAAUUAUUUAUUAG